CCAGCACUCGGGAGUCCUCCGAUAAACGUAUUCAAUUGUAAAAAUGAAGCUUCAACUCGCCUUCAUGUCACUCCUUGGCAUCGCCAUGGCCGCAAUCGUUCGCGAGGUUGGCGACGAGGACGCAUACGUUAUCUCGACGAAGGACCUCGGUGCCGACGGCAUCCUCACCGUCUACGGUAUCGUAGGCGAUGAUGCCCCGACUAACUCGGCCUCUCUUCAGGCCCGCCAGUGCGGCAGCAACGACGUUACCUGCUCCGGCUCCCACCAGGCCAUCGCGUCCGUGUGCAGCACGCUCAUCGGCCAGGUCUGCAAUAGUGGGGGCUCCGUAUCUGCCUCCCCGCGGAGCCUCUGCCUGUCGUCGUCCGGAAACCAGUGCUGCAUCAGCUGGUCGGCCAAUGUCGGCGCGUUUGCGGAGUUUGACCUGUGCACCGCCGCGCAGGACGUCCAGAACGAAUGUGCCGGGAACGCUGUCUCCGGAGUGGCGCGCAACGUCAAUCUUAACGGAGGUUGCGUAACCCAGUGCCUCAGUAACAGGGCCACGGGAUGUGCUUAAACGGUGCGGUCCCGAGUUUAGGCUAGUGAUCAAUCAGUGGAGUAAAUCAGGGUAUGGGCCUGCUUCCGAAGAAGGAACGGCAAUUAAGUAGACGUGAAAGUAAGUGAAUACACAACUCAGACAAAAUACGUGUACGCUCUGUUGGUGACGCACCUAUGCCCUUGUUGGUCGUUGUAGUCUUGACGAAUGCCUUAUUCGCGUAUUGUUCGAGCAUAC